UGAUAUAAACACUCCCCCCGCUCCAUGGCAGGGUGAGCACAAGGGGCAGCGGCCGCCACCCAACGCAGGCCAACCAGCGGAACAGCACCGCGGGCCCCGGGCAGAGAUGGGCUUGGCAAUGGAGCACGGAGGCGCCUACUCUCGGGCAGGGGGCAGUCCGAGGGACUGCUGGUACUACCUGCGCUACUUCUUCCUCUUUGUGUCACUCAUUCAGUUUCUGAUCAUCCUGGGCCUCGUCCUCUUCAUGGUCUAUGGCAACGUGCACGUGAGCACGGAAUCCAACCUGCAGGCCACCGAGCGCCGGGCUGAGAGCCUGUACAACCAGGUCGUGGGGCUCACGGCCUCCCAGGCCAACCUGUCCAAGAAUCUCAACCUCACCUCCCGCGACAAGGAGACCAUCUCGCAGACGCUGCUGGGCGCCCGCCGUGACCUGGACAGGAUCAACGCCAGCUUCCGCCAGUGCCAGGCUGACCUGAUGACCUACGUGAGCAACCAACCAUACAUGGCGGCCAUCAUCUUGAGUGAGAAGCAAUGCCAAGAGCAACUUAAAGAGACCAACAAGAGCUGCGAUGCUUUGCUCCUCAUGCUGAACCAUAAAGCCAAGACGCUGGAGGUAGAGUUGGCCAAGGAGAAGGAAGUAUGCACCAAAGACAAGCAGGGUCUGACGAUGAGCAAGGGAGUGGUGGAGGAGAAGCUGGCUGAGUGUGGCAAGGUCCAGAAGCAGCAGCAGCAGGAGCGACAGCUGGCCGAGGACCGCCUGCAGAAGGUGCAGGCCCUCUGCCUCCCACUGGACAAGGACAAGUUUGAGAUCGAGCUGCGUAACCUCUGGAGGGACUCCAUUAUCCCCCGCACCCUGGACUCGAUGGGCUAUAACCUGUACCAUCCCCUUGGCUCAGAAAUAGCCUCCGCCCGGAGAAGCUGCGACCACAUGCCCGCCCUCAUGAGCACCAAGGUGGAGGAGCUGGCCCGGAGCCUGCGGGCUGGCAUAGAGCGCGUGGCCCGCGAGAACUCGGACAUCCAGCGCCAGAAGCUGGAGGUCGAGGAGGCCCUGCGGGCCAGUCAGGAGGCCAAGGAGAAGGUGCAGAAGGAGGCCCAGGCCCGGGAGGCCAAGCUCCAGGCCGAAUGCGCCCGGCAGACACAGCUCGCCCUGGAGGAGAAGGCGGCACUGCGGAAGGAGCGGGACAACCUGGCCAAGUUGCUGGAGGAGAAGAGGCAGGAGGCAGAGCAGCUCAAAAUGCAGCUGGCCGUCAGCAACUCCGCUCUGGACACCUGCAUCAAGGCCAAGUCGCAGCCGAUGCCUAUGCCAAGACCUGUGGCCCCUGCCCCCAACCGCCAGCCCAUCGACCCAGCUGUCCUGGAGGAGUUCAAGAGAAGGAUCCUGGAAUCCCAGAGGCCUGCAGGCAAUGCUGUAGCCCCACCCAGUGGCUGAGGAGGCUCCAGGCCCUGGGGACCGAGGUGUGGCCCCGACCGGCAGUCUGCGUGGAUGAGACGCCCAUGGUGUGGACCAGCAGCCAGGGCCACGGCCACGGCCUGCCGAACUCCCGCACACUCGCCAAAGUGGGUGCCCUUGACCUGCACCCCACACUCAUCCUUCCCCGCACCCCCCCCAUGCUCUCUCACAGGCCCACACCGGCACCGCGCAAUCCCUCAUCCACAGACACUGCAAUGGUGUCCCCUGUGGAUGCAGUGAUGUCACACAGACAUAGCCGUGAUGUCACACACUGAUGAGGCGAUGGCAGGGAACACGUCGCUCACAGA